UAGCAAAUGGCUAACAAGAUCUUUCUCGUGUGCGCAACUUUUGCCUUCUGCGUCCUCCUCACCAACGCCUCCAUCUACCGCACCGUGGUCGAAUUCGACGAAGAUGACACUACCGACCAAGUAGGCCCAUUCCGCCCACCACAGAAAUGCCAGAGGGAGUUUCAGCAAGAGCAACACCUAAGAGCUUGCCAGCAAUGGAUCCGCCAGCAACUUGCGGGAUCACCCUUCAGCGAAAACCAGUGGGGUCCUCAGCAGGGGCCGUCGCUACGCGAGCAAUGCUGCAACGAGCUUUACCAGGAAGACCAAGUGUGCGUUUGCCCUACUUUGAAACAAGCAGCCAAGUCAGUUAGGGUCCAGGGACAGCACGGACCAUUCCAGUCCACCCGCAUCUACCAGAUCGCUAAGAACUUGCCAAACGUUUGCAACAUGAAACAAAUUGGAACAUGUCCCUUCAUUGCCAUCCCUUUCUUUCCUCCUUACUAA